UAAGUGUCCAACCACCUCUGUAACUGUGCCAAGGAAGAGAUCAUUAUGUUCAAGCUGGAUGGAAAUGACCCUGAUGAGGUAGCUAGUGAUCAGAGAACACAGGUUUAUUCUGAACUUAGCAUUCCCAUAGAGUUCUCUAAGGUUCAAUAUGAAUUUAAUGCUUUGGAUCUGUUUAAAGUUGAACCCAUAGAACCUACCUUAGAUUAUGUUCCUGUUAUGCCUGCACACACUCAUAUUUUAGAUUCAGCCUUUUCCAUUGAAAAUAUUGACAUGCCUUAUGCUGUUUCAGAGUUAUGCACUGGUUUUGACAUUAUUCCAGUUGAUGAUAGCUUCACAGUAGGUGUUCAUUUAGCUGCUGAUUUGAUAGAUGCUAGUGAGGUCAUUUUUGAGGAACCAGUCCAGGUUGAAUCUGACUUUAAUCCUUCUACUGGUUAUGAUGGAGACACAUGCUGACUUCGAAU